AUGUUCUUGUCAAGCACGCUAGUGAGAUCUGCCAGACGGCCUAGUGGCUAUUGGUCGCUUAUGUGGUGGUGCUUGAUACUGUUCGUCUCACUGGCUCUGGCAUUCGAGCCCUUUGACGGCUUUGGAGCGUUCCAAGAGAGCCAGAAUGUUACGAUAAAGAAAGACGGCAAUUUGGGUAGCGCACUGGAUGCGAAGUCAGGUUCUCCUGGAAUCAUCAAUCCUGGUAACAUUUACGAAUGGACGCCAAUAUCGGCGAAUAUCUCCAGCGGUGAAAGAAACGUUUUUGUCUUUACUGUGGACGGGAAUUCUACACGCCUGGGAAUCGCUACAUCGUAUGAGAUCCUCAUCUUUCUCAGUGGAAAUAUCUGCUCACAACCCAGUGGCAGCAGCGAUAAGGCCCUGAGGGUUUCGUACUCCUUCGACGAGUCUGUUCAGACCAAUUCAUCGCUGGGUCACUAUGCGACGUUCGAAAAUGGCUAUAUGCAAGCAUUGGCGGUGAGCCCACUCCGUGUCUCGGACGCCAAUGCCACUGCCAAGUAUUCUAGUUUGUAUGUGGUGGUGGAGCCGGUAAAUACAACCACCAAUACUGCGUUGAGUGCGACCGCGGAGGACGUUUGGCACUACAAACUGAGUAUAUCGGAGAACGAUCUAGUUUACCAGUGGGAUACUAGGACGUGGUUGAAUGUGCUGGAUACAGACCAUAACUCGGCACUGCUAGUGACCGGUAACGUUACCGCGGAUGCUCAGCAGUUUUCGAACAGCUCGAUUUACGACACCUCGCUAUACGAUCUGUACGUCUAUUCCUUCGAGGAGUCCCUGAAACUAGAUUCAUCACUCAAUAUCUCCCUCUGUGCUAUCACAAACGGGCCAUAUAUCGUGUCGUCAGUGGACUCAAACAAUACCGGGGACAGCGGGCAUGGUUUGGAGAGAACCGCACUGGGGAUCGAGAAAACGUUGACUAAUCGGAUGUAUACUUACCAGGAGCAGUUCUACGUGACAGGACUGAAUUCGUCGUCUACCUACGUGGCAUACCUCACCAAGAGAAUCGGUAAGAAAGGGAAUCUAUCUGACGUUGGUGGCGUACUCUUUUCGAAGCAGUAUUUUUCUACAAGAGGGUCAAACGCUUGUUCGUUAAUAUUUGGUCUUCCCUUCUGUUACGGAGUCGCAUACUCAGUACCGUCGCCCUCAAAAGCACCAAACAACAAGACAGCCAUCGCCGCCACUUACGAUAGAGUUGCAGAAUCGCUGUACGCGAACUUCAGCAAGGCGCUACAGAUUAUUCCAUGCGAUACAGAGAUGGAUGCCAGAUACUCUCCGGUCAGAACGUGUAAAGAUUGCGCCAGGUCAUACCGUGACUGGCUAUGUGCUGUGACCAUUCCCAGAUGUACUGAUACAGCUUCCGAAUAUUACGCCUUUCGAGAAAAAAAUGAUAACAGAAACGAUUACCUCAAUAACGAGAUUCAGCCCAUUGCCGAUUAUUACGAGAUGCUGCCCUGCAUUGAUAUGUGCUACGCGGUUGCGCGAGAUUGCCCCAGUGAUUUCAUGUUCGCAUGCCCAUCUGUAAACGACAAGAUAGAUGCGAAAUUUCGAAGCUACAACUCGCUUGACCUUGACGACCUCUUGCAGGCCGUUCAGACCUGCAAUUUUAUCGGUAAUGCUACUGAACUAUUUAGAGAACUCUUCCCCUAG